AAUUAUGUUUGCUUGUAUUAGCAAAAUAUUAUACUGUGACAGUGUAAUACGUUAUAUAUAAAUAAAUACUUUUAAAUUACCAAAUAAUCAGAUUAUUAUUGUAUAUUUUUUGUUUGACUGAUAUAUUAUUCAUUAUGGCUCUAUCAUCUUUUGGAAAUUGGAUGUUUGAAAAGAAAUUAGGAUCUGGAGGAUUUGGACAAGUUGAGUUAUGGAAAGAAAAAAAUACAAACAAACGAAUAGCUAUAAAAAAAUGUAUUUUACCAACCAACAAAAUGCCACAAAAACAAAUAGAACGGUGGCAGGAAGAAAUUAAGCAUUUGAAAAUUCUGAACCAUAUAAAUAUUGUUAAAUGGGCACCAUUACCUAGAGAAAUACAUUUUGAUGGACCAAUAUUAUGUAUGGAAUAUUGUAAUGGUGGAGAUUUACGUAAGAUUCUGAGGAAACCGAAAAACUCUUGUGGUUUAUUACAAACUGAAGUUUUAUCUGUUAUGAAAGAUAUUUCUUCUGCCAUAUGUUUCUUGCACUCGCAGCAAAUAACACAUCGUGAUAUCAAACCAGAAAAUAUUGUGCUCCAUAAACCGCAAAAUGGAAUGACAAUAUAUAAAUUGAUAGAUCUUGGUUAUGCAAAAAACAUUGGGAAUGUGACAGUGACUGCAUCAUUAGUUGGAACAUUCAGUUAUGUUGCUCCUGAACUAUUUAAAACAAAUAGAUAUACAUCUUCAGUAGAUUAUUGGAGUUUAGGAAUUUUAUUUUUUGAAGUUUUAACUGGCUGUAAACCUUUUAUGCCUUAUACAGAAAAUCUAGCUAAAUGGGUUCAAUGUAUACUAACAAAGAAGUAUGAAGAGAUAUGUGCUAAAGAAAUAGAUGAAAAAAUUGAAUUCUACAAUUAUAUUAUACAUCCUACAGACUUAUCUAAAAACAUUUUGGUUGAUCUAGUUGAGUGGUUCCAAAUUGCUUUACAAUCAGAUCCAAAGAAAAGAGGUAAAAGCAAAUCUUCAGGUGAACUUGUCAUAUUUAGUAUGUUAAAACAAAUCUUCCCAUGGAGAACAAUUAGGAUAUUUUUUGUAUGUUCGUAUCAAAUAGAUGAUUACAAUAUAAAAAAAAAUACAACACUCUUAGACAUACAAAAAUGGAUAGAAACCAAAUUCUCUAUACGUUUAUAUCAACAAGAAAUUGUGACCACUUCUGGAAAAGUACUCAAUGAAAUAGAAAAUACCGCAAAAAUUUUAAUAAAGGACAUUCCGGAUUCAUUUUUAUAUGUAUUUGAAAAAAACUGUUUCAAAGUUCCACAACUUGAUGAUAAUGUAAGACUCCCUGAAAUUCUUGAUACUUUGUUAGUGUGCCCAAAAGAAAUCAAAGAACAUUCACAAUUGAGACAGUGUUUUGCUGCAAUUAUAUAUGUCAUGAGACAAGAUGUUUUUCUAUUUGAACAGUACAUUUAUGCAUUGGGUAUAAAACUGGAUAUAAUAAAGAAUAAAUUGUAUACUCUUCAAAAUAAUGUCCAACAAAGAUUACCAAAAAUAGAAUUAUUAUUGAAAGAAAUUCAAAAGACUUUAAAAUCAUAUGAAUGCAAUGCUUUAAAAAUUCGUUGGAAAGACGUAAAUGAUUUAUAUAUUAAAGUAAAAACAAUUCAUUCUACAGUCAUCAAUAUAAAUGCUGUGCGACAGCGUUUAGAAAAUGAAGUUUCAAAUGCAUUUGAUAGUGAGAAAUUAGUACAAAAUCUGCAAAUCUUCACUGCGCCGUAUGAAAAGUUUUUAGACAUGUUUAAAAUAUUUGACAAAGAAAAUCCAUAUCGUUCUGAUGAAAUAAUUGAUAAAGUUAAUGAGUUGUCAUUGGUAUUAAGUGACUUUGUUGAACAAAAAAUAGAGCAAUUUGAAAGCCCCUAUAUGGAUUUAUUAGUCAAACAGCUGAUGAACUUUGAAAUAAAGUUGAAUCAAUUUGCAGAGGGUAUCAAAUCAAGUAUAGAACUGAUACCAUAUUAUGAAGCAAAGUUAAUAGAAUUCAGUAAUUUUAAGAAUCAAACUACUGUUGGAAAUGUUAAUCCAAUGAUUCCCUCUGAUUUAAACGAAUUAAAUAUGAAUGUAUUAAUAAAUGAUGACUAUGAAAUCAAAGAAAAUAUUGUUUUACGUGCCAUGUUGAAUGAACAACUUAAAAAGAGUUUGCAGCAGCUUCACAUGGAUUCAAAUUAAUGAAUAUUUUAUUUCUCGUGUUCUUUUUUGAAGUUAGCUUUAUAAAGCAUAACGAAUAACUAUAAGAAGCUUUGAAAAAAUCCCUAUUUUGGAAUAAAAGAGAUGUAACUUAUACUGUAUCAUUAUAACUUAUUGUUACUCUAUUCUCCCUGUUUACAAGUUGCUAAAAAAUAAAAUGCGUGUAAAAGUUUUAUUAAGACAUUAUGUAAUGAAGAAUUAUUUUUGUUAUAUUUUUAAAUAUGCUCAAGAAUUUGCGAAAAGUUAUACUAAUCAUAUUUUUUUUAUUAAAGCUUUAAUAA